AAAAGAUUGAGAUUAAUAGUGAAAAUCGAUCUUUACUCGUCCGCGAAGCGAAGUAACGCAACCACAGCUUGCUUGAUCCAUACUUCAAAUCUCCUUCUCAACAACUAACUCUCUGCGCCGCCCCCCAUUGUAUGUAGUGUAGUGUAGUGUAGUUUAUCUUCCCCCUCCCCCUUCUCUCUACAAUGCUAGAAUGCCUCAAUAUAGGCAAUCCGGAACCGAUAGAUUCAGCGUUCGCGGAGGAGCGUCUGAUCACGUAGCGAUCGGGAUCCGAAACGGUGUCGGAGGAGGAGCGACUCAGCAUCACGGGAAGACUAACCGUUGGAGGCGAUCCGUUCGACCUGAGAGGAUUCGUCGCCUUGGAAUCGGCACUGCUGUCUUCGUUCUCUGCCUUGUGCUCGUCGUCACUGUGCUAGCCUACUAUUACAUCUCUGGUUUCGCUAAUAAUGACUACGAUGAUAAUAAAGGAUUGGAUUCUUUCGAGGGUGAUUUCCUGACGAAUGUGACGAGAAUCGAGCCUGGGAAGGUGCUUGAGUUUGGUCACGGUUCAGUGGUUCAUGGACGAGACUCGAGGUAUUGGGAUAAGGAUGAUAGACGAAGGGAUGAUGACUACAAUGAAGAUGAAGUGGAGGAGCAUAAUAAACCUAAGGUUCCUGUCAAGGGUUUAGAUUCGAAAGGGAUGAUUGGUUUCUACAAUGAGGCUGGAAGGAACGAGUUAGACAAGUAUGAAGCAGAGUACCAAGCUUCCCUUGUCAAAGGUGUUGUUGGUGGAGGAGAUCACGAGGCUGUUGCUGUUGAUAUGGACCCUGAUGCUGAUGAUGCGAUUGAUUCUCAUGAUAGUCAAGGGGAUGAAUACGUUGAUUCUGGCCAUGACGAUGAUGAUAAUGACAAUGAAAAGCCCCACAAGGAGAAAUCUACCGAGGGAGAUACUUCAAAGAGAGAGUCUUCUCUUGUUGGGAAGGGUGGUAGUAAGUCCGGGAAAACAUCACGAUCUGAUACAAAACGAAGAGGUCGUGGUCGCAGAUCUUCAGCUUGUGAGAUGAAGCUAUUGAAUUCUAGUCAACCAAUUGUGGAGCCCUUGAAUACUCGGAAAUCUGCUAGAUUCUCCUUACAGUACGUAGAGAAUGAAGAUAAACCUGAUGGAGACGAACAGUGGGUGCCUAGGUUUGCUGGUCACCAGAGUUUACAGGAGCGUGAAGAUUCCUUCUUGGCUCAAGACAAGAAAAUUCAUUGUGGGUUUGUCAAAGCUCCCAAAGGAUCUCCAACCACUGGGUUUGAUCUGACGGAAGAUGAUACUAAUUAUAUCAGUAGAUGCCACAUCGCUGUCAUCUCAUGCAUAUUUGGCAAUUCUGAUCGCUUGAGGCCUCCUGCCAAUAAAAUGAUAAGUCGGUUGUCGAGAAAAAAUGUGUGCUUCAUUGUGUUCGUGGACGAGAUUACCAUGCAAACACUUUCUGCAGAAGGCCAUGCCCCAGACAGAGCAGGAUUCAUUGGUUUGUGGAAGUUGGUUGUUGUAAAGAUGAUAGACUCUCGAUGUAUUAUUCACUCGUACUCGUAACUCAGCUACAAAAGAAUCACUCUGUAACUGCCUCUUGCUCUCACAAAACGAGAAGCAAGCCCAAGAUACAAUUCUCACUAAUUGCAUAACCCACCUCCACCCUAUGGGUCCCCUUAUAUACUAAGGCCCACAACAACUAUUCUAUUUUGUUUACAAGUAUUAUUUGAAUUAAGCAAAGAACUCUUUCUUUUCUUCCAUAUCACGUAUUCUCGAUUCCAACUGCCUUAGCGUUCUUCUGCUUCCUCUGUCUUCGAGUGUAAACCCUCCAAGGCCUAUCAAUACCCCCGUUUCGCAGAAUGAGCUUGUCCUCAAGCGACACAUCUGGAAACUGCUGUUUCAACUCCACCAUACGCAUCCAAGUGUUUUCAUGAUCAGGUAAAUUGCGCCACUUCACCAACACUUCCAAAUGCCCCGCGUCAUCAUAACGACUACUCAACAGAUCUUCGGGUUCCACCACCAACUCCUCACUCGGCGACAAGGUAGGUGGUAAAGGAGUGACCACCUGAUUAGCACCCACCACCGGUUUCAAUUGAGAUACAUGGAACACAGGGUGUACUUUCGAUUCUUCAGGCAGUCGUAACCUAUAUGCCACUUUCCCAAUUCUCUCCAAUACUUCAUAGGGACCAUAGUACCUCGCCGCCAACUUCUGACAUAACCUUCUGCUAACCGACUGCUGACGGUAUGGCCUGAGUUUAAGAUACACUCGCGAUCCCACUUCUAACUCCAAAUCUCGUCUCUUCUUAUCUGCAUUAUUCUUCAUAAUGCUCUGAGCGCGAAUCAAAUGUUGCUUAACUUCAGCCAACACUCUAUCACGUUCGAGUAACAUCUCUUCCAACUCAAAGUUGUUCGUUGAGCCCUGUUCAUAACUCACCAAGGCUGGUGGUUCUCUGCCAUACACCAGUUUGAAUGGUGUACACUGCGUCGACUUGUGAAAGGAUGUAUUAUACCAUAACUCGGCCCACGCUAAGAACUUGGACCAACUCUUCGGAUGCGAUGAAGCAAAGCAGCGCAGAUAGGUUUCAAGGCAUCGAUUAAUGACUUCUGUCUGCCCAUCUGACUGCGGGUGAAAUGUUGUGCUGAACCUCAGUCUAGUACCCGAAGCUUUAAAACAUUCCUUCCAAAAGUUGCUAAGGAAGAUCUUGUCUCUGUCGGAUAUUAUAGAUUUCGGGUAACCGUGCAAGCGAAUCACUUCUUGAACAAACUUCUUUGCCACAUCGGCAGCCGUGAAUGGAUGCUUUAAUCCAAUGAAGUGACUGUACUUGCUUAAACGAUCAACCACCACAAAUAUCACGUUAAUUCCUCCUGACAUCGGUAAGCCCUCAACGAAAUCCAUGGACAAGUCCUCCCAAAUCUGUGUCGGCAAUUCGAUUGGUUGAAGUAACCCAGCAGGUGAUCGAGUUAAGUACUUGUGUGUUUGGCAUAUGUCACACUCAGCCACAUAAGUCUGCACUCUCUGUCUCAUCUUGGACCAAUAAAAUGUUGAUUUGACUCGCUUCAGUGUCUUAAGAACCCCAGCGUGACCUCCAAGCAACCCGUCAUGACAUUCCUUCAGUAUCAAUGGAAUAUAGGCUGAGUUCGCCGGAAUGACAAGUCGAUCUUUGUAGAACAAUCUUCCCUCCUUCACGCUAAACCCAUUCUCGGUCUCCACAUCCACUGUCUUCUCACUGAGCAACAGUUUCAAUUCAUCACACUCAUCAAUCUCUUUGUAAAGGUCUUCGAUCUGUAGAGCUUUCGGUAUUGUCAAAGCCAGUAAUUCCAAAGAAGAAUAAUGGACAAUACGCGAUAACCCAUCAGCAACUCGAUUCUCACUUCCUACUUUGUACUCAAUAUCAAACUCGUACCCCAUAAUCUUUGUCAACCAACGCUGAUAAUCCAAUGUCACCUCUCGCUGCUCCAAUAGAAAUUUCAAACUGCUCUGGUCUGUUCUCACCAAAAAACGUCUCCCAAGCAGAUAAUGACGCCACUUUUGAAUGGACAUUACUAUUGCCAUCAACUCCCGCUCAUAAAUUGGUUUCAUCUGUUCCCUUUCCGUAAGAGCGUGACUGAAGUAAGCUAUGGGAUGCUUGUCCUGCAUCAAUACAGCUCCCAAACCAAAUCCUGAGGCAUCUGACUCAAUGAUGAACAUCUUUGUAAAAUCUGGCAACGCUAAUACUGGUGCUGAAACCAUUGCAGCUUUAAGCUUAUCGAAGGCAUUCUGAGAUAAUGUUGACCACAAAAACUGCUCUUUCUUCAAUAAUUCGGUUAAUGGUCUAGCAAUCAUUCCAUACGCCUGCACAAACCUUCUGUAGUAUCCAGUUAACCCCAAGAAGCCUCUAAGAUCUUUCACUGUACGAGGAUUUGGCCACUGUACCACUGCUGCAAUCUUUUGAGGAUCUGUUGCUACACCUUCACGCGAAAUGAUAUGGCCCAAAUACUCAACACUUCCUUGGCCAAAAGUACACUUCUUCCUAUUAGCAAAUAACUUCUGCUCCCUAAACACUUGCAACACCACUGCCAAAUGCUUCUCAUGCUCCACGAUUGAUGAACUAUAUAUCAGUAUGUCGUCAAAGAACACCAACACGAACCGCCUCAAGAACGGUUUGAACACUUCAUUCAUCAAAGCUUGAAACGUCGCGGGAGCAUUUGUCAAUCCGAACGGCAUCACAAGGAACUCAUAGUGGCUGUCAUGCGUUCGAAAAGCGGUUUUCUCAAUGUCUUCUUCCUUCAUACGAAUCUGAUGGUAACCUGACCUCAGAUCUAACUUCGAGAAAACCAUAGCCCCAUGCAGCUCGUCUAAUAGCUGAUCAAUAAUCGGAAUGGGAUAUUUAUCAGCUAUAGUUGCCCUAUUCAAAGCCCUGUAGUCUACACAGAAGCGCCACGACUUGUCUUUCUUUUUGACGAGUAAGACUGGGCUCGAAUACGGGCUAUGGCUUGGCCGAAUUGCUCCUGUUGCCAACAUAUCUUUCACUGCAUUCUCCAUAAUUUCCUUAUGAGCAUGCGGGUACCGAUAUGGUCUCACACUAAUCGCUCCUGACCCUGGUAACAGGUUGAUAGCAUGCUCCCGUCCACGAAUAGGAGGUAAUUCUUUCGGCUCACUAAAAACUUCUUCAAACUGCUUCAACACUCGCAUUAACGUCCCUGGAAUUUCCGCCUCAGGUUGCAUUGUCUUCAAAGAAGAUUGAGGUGCAUGUAAUGAAGGAUCCCCCACUAAUGUCACUUGUUUUCCUUCAUGCCAGAACGAAUACUCAUGCUUCUCCCAAUCGAUCUCACACUUCCCCAAGGUUCGCAACCAUUGUACUCCCAGUAUCACGUCUACUUUCCCAAGCUCAAGCACAAUGAAGCUUGUUGUGAAUUUAGCCCCUUGAAUCAUAACUUCCACAUUCUCGCAAACCCCAGAGCUUUGCACUGAUACUCCGGUCCCCAACACUAUCUCCAGCCCUGGGCUUGUUGAUGUCUUUAGAUGAGCUCUUGUUAACAACGCCGGCGAGAUAAAAUUGUGCGUUGCACCACUAUCCAGCAUCACAACUACUGAUUGUUUCCUCAACACUCCUCUCAUCUUCGUAGUUGUAGGUGACGUUAGGCCCCAAAAAGAUUUCAACGAAAUUGCUCCCAACUGUGGCUCCCACACAAUGUCCUCUUCGUCUACUUCAAUAUGAUCAGGAUCUCGUACUUCUACUUCCAUUCCAUUGAAAACCACCAAGACCUGUAGAGAUGCAUUAGGACAGAGAUGCGUCUUAGACCAUUUAGCAUCACAUUUAAAACACAACCCCAAUCUCUUCUUUUCAGCGAUCUGAGCUUCAGAUAGGCGAACUUGUGGCCUCGGCGUAUUGUUCUGUGUCACUGCUCCUGUCACAUGUUUAGGCUUCCAUCCGUUCUGACUAUUGUGACUAGUGUAAGGCUUCUGUCCACCAGUAUUUGCUUUUGCUAACAACAACCUUUCCUUCUUCACUACACUGUGUAAUGAGCUUGAUUCCAUCUGAUAAGCUGUUGCUAUCAUCUCCGGUAAAUCAAAAGGUUUGCACAUAUUCACCACCUCUUGCAUCUCCGGUGUUAACCCAUUCAUAAAGAUCCCUUCUAAUUGACUCUCAGUCAAUCCAGUGACUUGUGUAGAUAAGUCUUCAAACUGAUGGAUGUAUUCUGCCACUGUUCCUGCUUGACGCAAUGCAAAGAAAGGCUGGCUCGGAUCACGGAUUUUAACCUUGCUGAAUCUCGCAAUCAUUCUAUCUUUAAACUCAAACCAGCUACGAAAAGGUCUCCGAUGAACUUCACUGUUGAACCAGCUCAAUACAUCUCCCCCCAGACUCAUUGAUACCAAAUCGAGUUUCGCCGCUUCCCUGUAACCUCCAAUUCUGAAAUAGCGUUCUGCUAACGCGAUCCAACCAUAAAUGUCAUCACCGCUAAAGAUCGGUAGUUCGAUGCGUUUCACAAAUCCCUCACGCGAUUCUACCAACAUCUCGCGAUUCUGAUUCUCCUCCAUCCUAAUACUACGGCCAGGUUCCGAGUUAGAAGAUCGUACCUGAUUCUCGUAUAUCGGAAUGUUCGGAUCGGCGUUCUCAAGAUCCUCUACAUGUUUCUUCCCUCGAUCUUUCACCUUCUGUAAACCAGCUAACUGUUCUCUGAUCUCCGUCAACGAGUCUUGAACCAGCUGAUUCGUCUGCUCCUGAACCGCGAUAUGUUUCUGCAUCAUCGCCGUAAGAGCAUCAAGUCCCGACGAUUGAAUCUGCAGAUCCGUCGACGCUUGCGACUGCUUCGGAGGCAUCGUCGCUCGUUCUUCACGCGAUUGUUCGAUCCAAAAAACACUCACGACGCACCAAUUUGAUAGACUCUCGAUGUAUUAUUCACUCGUACUCGUAACUCAGCUACAAAAGAAUCACUCUGUAACUGCCUCUUGCUCUCACAAAACGAGAAGCAAGCCCAAGAUACAAUUCUCACUAAUUGCAUAACCCACCUCCACCCUAUGGGUCCCCUUAUAUACUAAGGCCCACAACAACUAUUCUAUUUUGUUUACAAGUAUUAUUUGAAUUAAGCAAAGAACUCUUUCUUUUCUUCCAUAUCACGUAUUCUCGAUUCCAACUGCCUUAGCGUUCUUCUGCUUCCUCUGUCUUCGAGUGUAAACCCUCCAAGGCCUAUCAAAAGAAUCUGCCUUAUACAGAUAUGAGGAGGGUUGGCAAAAUACCAAAACUGUUGCCGCACCGACUUUUCCCAUCAGCAAGGUACUCAAUCUGGCUGGACAGUAAGUUACGACUUCAGUUGGAUCCCCUACUCAUUCUGGAGUACUUCCUAUGGCGUAAAGGUCACGAGUAUGCUAUAUCAAAUCACUAUGACCGCCAUUGCUUAUGGGAAGAGGUUGCACAAAACAAGAAGCUGAACAAGUACAACCAUACUGUUAUUGAUCAACAGUUUGAGUUUUACAAGGCUGACGGGCUGACCAGAUUCAACGCUUCGGAUCCGUUCAAGCUUCUUCCUAGCAAUGUUCCAGAGGGGUCUUUUAUAGUAAGGGCACAUACUCCUAUGUCGAACCUAUUCUCAUGUCUUUGGUUCAACGAAGUGGAACGCUUCACUCCCCGUGACCAGCUGAGCUUUGCUUAUACUUACCAGAAACUAAGACGGAUGAAUCCUGACAAACCAUUUAAUCUUCACAUGUUCAAGGACUGCGAGAGAAGAAAGAUUGCGAAAUUGUUCCGUCACAGAUCAGAGGAGAAGCGAAACCUUAUACAAGCAGCACUACAACAACAGAUGACCUGAGCUUCUUUUUUUUUUCUUUUUAAUAUAUUACUUGUUGGGGUCAGUCUCUACUGCAGUACUGCUAUAUUCACAGUGUCACUUGGAGAAAAGCUCUUUCACAGUUCCUUUUUUGAAAAGCUCUUUGCUCCGAUGACUCUUAAGACUGCUUAAGUUGGAUCGAGUCUGUUGCUUGUGGCAAGAACCAGAGAAGGUAUACCAAAACAGUUUGAUGUGAUUUGUAGAGAUGUAGAAGAGUACUUGGAAAGAAGAAGAGGCUUUGAUUAAGAUUCUCGAGGGUCCUCGAUUUUUAUUCAAUUCAUUGCUUUGUU